AUGUCACUGAUAGUUCUCAUAAACAAAUCUUCCGCAUCUAGCCACAGUAACUCACUCAUCAACAUCACUACGAUCGACUGCCGGAUGUACCAUGAUGCCUGGUGCGCUCCGUCAUCGAGAUCUUCGGGACCCAGACGGAAAAGCGUGACAGCACCUUGGGACAGUCGAGCGAUGAAUCACUUGAUCCAAGUGGUCCUGAGUAUCUAUGGACGGAUCUGCCAAUGGAACGGCGAAAAGAGGACGCAACUAGAAGCCCCGCAGCCAUCAGCGCUGCUUCGCAAGUCGAACGCGUCAAAUGCCCUACGAGUGCCGGACGAAACGAUUUCAAAGCCAGCGCCCUAUGACGAAGACCGGUCAUCACACGUUUCGAUAUGGGCAUUCUGGGUCUCGGAUUGGAGCCUGUCAUAUGUUCCACGUUUGCAAGGUGUGUUGCAGGAAAGACAAGAACAGUUUGAUACGCGAAUUAUUGUGCCAUCCUAUAUUGCCCGAUCACUUGCUGAUACACUGACAGAACCCCGAAUUGGCUCGGCGAGCUUACAAGGAACACCGCCAAAUGACCGAAGUAAUGGCCGAGCAGAAAGUCGGCUGCCGGGUCCGAGCCCGGCCAGUUCGGAGUUGGUGUAUGUGGUAGAAAUAUAUCCCGAAGGUCACCAAUUCCGACUGCUCUAUUCUCAUCAGGGCGGCCUUGCUGCAGCGAAAGAUUCGAGAAUGUGUCUUGCGACUUCAGUCAAUGUCGAUAGACGCAUACACGUCCCCUCUUUCGGCAGCGGCGACACACUGGCUUAUCUUCGUCACACUAGGUGUCGCUGCACAACAUGGUCCCUCCAGCGCGACGAACCAGCAUCCAACAACAGUCAAGGUGCCAGAGUGGUUAAUGGGCUGCCCUGCUAUCAGGUUCGAAUCCUGUCCUUGACGUACAAGCAAUAUCGAUCAACUACGUUUUUUGAGUACGGCGAUGGAGUUCGUGAUAACAUUUUGCUUCGCAAAUAUGCGCAUACUAUGGCAGUGGCUGGCUCUGCUAUAGGAAAACCUUCCUUGUCAGACUCGUGUGGGAGGGCUGUCGAAUUCACUCAAAAUGCAUGGAAGAUGACACCAGGAUGCCUUGUUGGUUGGGACGCGCCUGCGCAGCAAAUGCGGCCGACCUCCUGGCUGGCUGUCGACCGAAAUGCCUCGGUGCCAAAUCAACACGACGCCCCUCACAUUAUCAUUCUGAGCCGCCUGUCAUUCGACCUGCGCCAGAGUGCUAAAUUGCAUCUGGUUUACUUUAGCUACACGAAGAAACGGCGGACGCCUCGCCGGGGAGUCAAUUGGAGACGCCAGUGCACGGGGGCUGCACCUCAACAGCAGCGAAAAGGAGGCAGCGUCUCGGAGAAAUGGAAGUUGCUUAGCAGCCUUCGGUCUCCCCUGCCACUGGGCAGCCUAGGCUUCGUGCAACAGCGCGGCCCUGGAACGCCACGCCGCAGGCGGCUGCUAUGGGACAGGGUCCUGAACAACGUGCUGACGGAGCCCUAUGGUUCUUGGCAUCGCACCAUGGACCUUUUCGGGGGCGUCUUUGCGCCUCAAACAUUGGCAUUACGGACCAAGGGGCUGGGCAUCGAAAAUCGAUCCGCGGCUACCGUUGAACGGCGGCUUGCUCGGACCAAGGUGCUGGCCAGAGACUGGACAAAGACGACGGUAUACGAUUUCUCGCCAGUUUGUCAUUUCCGUCGUUCACUAACAACUGCUAGUUGCUGCUAUCACCACACAACCCCAGAGCAAAGUCGCUCGCACGGCUCGUGGACUGAUGAUCCCACGGAGUCGGCAGUAGAAAAAGGCAGUGAUGAGCGCCCUAGUGUGGUGUCACUGUCACCGCUGCGAGAAGAGACCGCAGACAUCCCACGUCAAGGGUUGCAUGACAGGGCACGGACAGGCGCGGCAUUCGUCAGAACAGAUGACUUCCACUAUGGCAUCUUGCCAUGUCUUUGCUCUGCUUUGUCGGCGCCGGUUCGGAGCGAAGAUAUUCAGACAGGGAGGACCCCGAAGACUACAGCGGGAGCCCGAACACAUGUCGUGGUUCGUCCAGCGCCUGGUGCCAUCAUCGGACCAUUCGCACUAGAAGGUGUGUAUUUCGACUCGGUAUGUGCAUACAUACACGGAAGCAAUGGGACUUGGCCUUUUGGCGAUCGAGUCCACGGCAAAGGGUGUGCAACAAUCGCCCAAGCUUUCCCCGCAGCUCAGCGCCAUGUGGUCGUCGAUUGCGCGCUUCUGAUGGAGGCUUUCAGCAUACGGACGAUGGCUCAGAACCUGAGUAGACUGAAUUGCGGUACAGAAGAGCUCUCAAACCAUCCUCAAAGUGUUUCCCACACAGAAAGAGAGGAAAUGCAAUGGCGCUCGACACACACCUUAGAGAACCUUCCCGCCGGCCUUGUAUCCGCGUCAACAUCUGAAGCCGGAGUCAACGGGGCUUGGGGUGUCUCGAAUAGGCUGGGAUAUUGCCAGUCCACCCCCAGAUUCCCCGCAACACCCAUCUUUAGGGCACGGUUGAUUUGGACAGUGACCGGCAGGAUGUGA